UAGACCGCGCAAUAAUGACAACACGACAGAGAAAAUUGUAACUGGGAAUAAAAUGACGUACAAAUGGACAGUGAAGCUUGUAGGAUUGACCAUGGUUAUACUUGUUUAUGAAGACUCUGUCGUCCAGAGCAUGUCAGACUCACAGAAAAGAGAAAUGAAGGAAAGUGUUGAAGAAAUGUUCAACCAUGCAUAUGGAUCUUACAUGAAAUAUGCCUUUCCUGCUGAUGAGUUGAUGCCAUUAAGUUGUAAAGGUCGCUAUCGAGGAACAGAACCUAGCAGAGGAGAUGUGGAUGAUUCCCUUGGAAAUUUUACUUUGACAUUGAUUGAUACCUUGGAUACUUUAGCAGUACUUGGACAAGUUGAAAAAUUUGAGACAGCUGUCCAGUUAGUAAUAGAUUAUGCCAAAUUUGACAGUGAUAUAAUUGUUUCCGUGUUUGAAACAAAUAUUCGUGUUUUGGGUGGGCUGCUGGGGGGCCAUGUGAUGGCCACAUACUUUAAGAAGAAACGUCGAGCAAUGGAAUGGUACAAUGGGGAACUGCUUAUGAUGGCUAAAGACGUGGGGUAUCGCCUUCUCCCAGCUUUUAAUACAACCACUGGUGUUCCAUAUCCCAGAAUAAAUUUGAAGUAUGGUAUGGAGAAGGAUAAUCUAGCACAAAGAUAUAAAGACACAUGUACUGCCUGUGCUGGCACCAUGAUUUUAGAAUUUGCCGCAUUAAGUAGGCUAACGGGCGAUCAUGUGUUUGAGGAGAAAGCCCAUAAAGUGAUGGACUAUUUAUGGCAACAGAGACACAGCUCGAGUGAUCUGGUGGGAACAGUUAUUAAUGUACAUAAUGGUGACUGGAUAAGGAGAGAAGCUGGUGUGGGAGCUGGUACUGACUCCUAUUAUGAAUAUGUAUUGAAAGCAUAUGUUUUACUAGGAGAUGAAAAAUACUUGUACAGAUUUGAUAGGCAUUAUAAUUCUAUUAUGAAGUACAUGAGUAAAGGACCAAUGUUGGUGGAUGUUCACAUGCAUAAGCCUACGUCAUCAGCCCGACAUUUUAUGGAUGCUCUACUGGCUUUUUGGCCGGGGUUACAGGUGCUAAAAGGAGAUAUCAGUCCAGCCAUCAAAACCCAUGAAAUGCUGUAUCAAGUGAUUCAAAGGCAUAAUUUUCUACCUGAGGCAUUCACAACAGACUUUAAGGUCCACUGGGCCCAGCAUCCACUACGGCCAGAGUUUGUGGAAUCAACCUAUUUCCUGUACAAGGCCACUCAUGAUCCACACUACUUACAAGUUGGAAAAUUGAUUGUGGAGAAUCUCAACAAACAUGCGAGAGUGCCGUGCGGAUUUGCUGCUCUUAAGGAUGUGGUCACUGGGAAACAUGAAGAUCAACUGGACUCAUUUGUGCUGGCAGAAACCUUCAAGUACCUGUAUCUGUUGUUCUCAGAGGAAAAAGAUCUACUGGUGCCAGUCAAUGAAUACAUCUUCACCACAGAGGCCCACCUGCUUCCCCUUGCUUUGUCCCUCAUUAAUGCCUCCACGAUAGAAACUAAGAUAAAAACAAACCUGUAUGAUAUUGACUUGGAUGGACCUUCCUUAUUGGAUCCAGAUGACAGCACAGAGCAACAAACUUGUGUCAACCCUCUCCAUUUGAAUAAAGGAACCACUUCGUAUGCAUUUGACAUCCGUACAGAGUUGAAGGAUUAUGUUAACAAUAUACUAUCACCUGAAGACAGAUGCAUAAGACCAGGACCAAGAUUACGUGCAGCUGAAUUUUUGAUUGGUAACAAGGAGCACCAGGAACUGAUCAGUAAAAUGGGAAUUAAAAUCUCCACUAUGAGUGAUGGUAGACUACAGCUCCUCCAUUCUGCUGGCUCUGCUACCUCAAAGCAAGAUGCAGAAGAUGGGCUAGAGUUUAUGAAAGAAAUGAUUGAGCUGUCUCAAAAUGCACAACAUGAACAUCAACAAGAACCGAUGACAGUGCAGUUUGUCUCAAACCCCUUCCUUGGAUCAUUGUCACUAAAGGCAGGACCUGCUCAGUUUGGCUACAACCUGAAAGUGAAUCCCCCUAUUCUGGGCCAAAUUGCUAUAGUCCAGCCAUACGAUGCAUGUCAAACAAUUCAGAACCCAGAAGAUUUAGAGGGCAAGAUUGGGGUGUUGGAGAGGGGAAGCUGCAUGUUUAUGGACAAGGCCAGGCGUUUACAGACAGCAGGUGCUAUUGGUGGAAUCGUGAUAGAUAGCAAUAAAGAGAGUACUGUGGAGAGCAGUCUUCUGUUUGCGAUGUCCGGAGAUGGACAGAGUGAUGUCACAAUUCCCCUGGUCUUCUUGUUCUUUAAGGAGGGACAACACCUGUUGGAUGCUGCUUAUGAAUAUCCAGAUCUACAGGUUCUGUUGACCUACAAACCCAAAAGCGAUGUGGUUUUAAAUACAGUGGUUAAAGAGAAUCAAGAACAAGUGAAUACACAAACCCAGUCCACAGAGCAAGUGCAAGCUCCGCCCACUUCACAGUCCCAUCAUCUGGAGAAUUCACAAAGUGAGGAAUUCGUAGAUCCAAAUGUUCAGGCAGCAAAGCAGAUGCAGUCUGUGGAGGCCUUAGAAUCUCUUGGAAAAUCCACAGAUACAUACAGCUGCAGCACUCAGUAUGGACCAGUGUUUUUAUCCAUUUUUGCCACAACACUAACAGGAGAUAACAUUUUAAAGAUAAAUCGCAAUGAAGAUAAAACUGUCGAUAUGCGAUUUCAUCUAUUCCAAAUCACAGAGAACAGAAAACCAGAAAUAAAUACAUUAUAUGUUAACAUUGUGGAAAUAUUACGUCAAAAGACAAAUUUCCUUUCACUUGAGAAUCAGGAGGAAUAUUUGAUAGCGCUGGCAAGAAUGUUAGAGGCAGCAGUAUUUCAAGGAUAUAUUAACCAUGAUGCUGGGCAUAAGAUUUUAAAACUUUCAGGACUUCUUGAUAUAGAAAAUGACAAUAUAAUUAUCUCAGGACAAAAAGAUGUGCAGGAGGGAACUUCACCCUCAAUAUCCUCACAACAUAUAGACACAAUGCAAAGUAGUUCUGUAUUUUGCAAGAGAAGGACUUGUCCGUUAUUAGAGUUUAGUAGAGGACAGGUUUGUCCUGUGCAGAAAGACAGGAAAGUAUCCUCAGGUUCCAGUAUACCACAAAAACAGUCCAGCGAUGGCGUCUAAAUUCUGUAGUGUUUGUUCUGUGUUUCUCUUCUGUUUAUAUGUAUUGUUGGUGUAAUUUUGUCUAUCUGUGGUACUUUAUGUUUAAGCUUCCAUUUGUCUGUCUUGAUUUUGAAUUGCCUUGUACAGUGUGUACAUGAAUCACUAAAAACAAGUUAAAUAUCCCUUAUAAAAGAGGAAAUGUACAGAAUAGUCAGGUUAUCUUUUUAGGAGUUGAACUAUUUUCAAUUUCCUUAGUGCAUCGUGCACAUGAAUAUAAUGUAAUGAACUUCGAUGUGGGCCCCUUUCACAUCCUCACUUUAUAUGUUACAGUAAACAUUCUCUAAUCAAUAUAAUUCUAUAUCCAAAAGCUAAAAUUUAAAAGAAAAGAGAAUUUAUUUUAAAUUAUCGGUGCUAUAUAAACAGAUGUGUACAUUUUACAAAAUGAUAGGAAAAGAUACAUGAUUUCACACGAGUUUUUCCUUAAAUAUCUAUAAAUGAGCAUGGCACACAUGGCACUGUUUUUAAGACUUUAUUGAUGAUUAUAGGGGUUGAAGGUCAAGACAUACUCCAUGACAUACCUUUAAUCCUUAGUCUCUGUAUAUAGAUAAAUAUAUAAAUUCAUUGAACCAACAUUAACUGCAGAUUGAGUGAAAAUAAAUCAAAAUUAAUUUUUUUUCUUUUUGAACCAAUAUUAACUGUCAGUGCAGAUUGAGUGAAAAUAAAUCAAUAUUAAUCUUUUUGUGUUGGAAAAAAAACCAAAACAGCAGAAGUACUUUGAUAUAUACAGUAAUUAAUUUUUACUUUGAAUGUUUGAAGAAGUUCAACUCCCAAGAGUACAUCCUGUUUAUAUAUUCUUGUAACUUUGAUUUGACGUUAGUAAAGGAUGUGUUAAUGGUAAACUGUUAAUGAACUGUAGUCUUGCGUCAACAUUCGUUUCCAUUUUAGUUUCUUUACGUAAUUUCAGUUAACAUGUAGUUUAAAAAGUGUUGAAUUAUUCGUAGCAUGAUAUUAAUAAAUUGUAGUUAAAAAUAGAAAACACAGAGAAAAUUAAUUUAAUUAUUCGAAGCUGCAGAUUCAUGUACAUACAUAUACAUGUACAUACACUAUGUGCCAAGAAGUAUCAAAGUAUAGUCUUCUGAAGUAUGAAUACAAGUUACAAACAUAUUGAUAUACUUAUUUUAACUUUUGUUGGGGAUAGAAGUUUGAUUACAUUAUUAAAAGUACAUAUUUGAUAAUGUUUGUAAAUUAAGAUCAAACUAAAACAGCAUUCAAUUUGUGUGCAAAUAAUUUUUUGACACAUUUUACCAUUAUCUGUCAUUGUGGGGAAUUAAUGUAAAAGUUGUGAUAAGUUUUAUAAGAAACAGUGUUUAUCUGAAGUGCCUAUAAAAUACAGUAAAACACGCUUAUAGCGAAGGGAUGGGGUCAAACAAAUUUGAUUCAUUAUAUGUGCAAUUUGUUAUAUCCAAUCAGUUCGUAAUAUGUUUUAAAACUACAGGGAAUGAAAGUCACUUAGCUUUAAGUGUGAAUUCAUUAUAAGCAUGUUUGCUGUAACCUUGUUUUACUGUAAUACAUGUAUGAACAAUCAAGAUGUUAAUAGUGUAUGAAGAGUAACUUGGUAUAUUAUACAGAUUUCAAAUGGUUUUCAUAAAUGCUAGUUUUACUGUAAAGCUUUUAACAGUGUCUUCAGUUAUGAUUAACUGUGUGAUAGCUGUUAUUUUCAAGAUUCUGCUUAUGAUAAUGAUUUUACAUUUUGGUUUUGUCCUAUCCAAAGCAGUAAUUUCCCCUAGUAGAUUUGAAUUACUUGUGUAAUUGGUAAGAUCCCUGUGCUGAGCCCAGUGAACUUUAAUUUACAUUCAGUGGAUAAUAUUGACUAAGUGUCGUGGAGAAAUGUGAAAUUUUUAUUGAAUUUUCUGUUUUUGUUUUAUUUAUUUGAAUAAUUUCCUUACUUUGAAAUUAUAAUUAUUAAAAAUGGAGUAUAUGCACUUAGAAGUCUGGUUUGAUUAUAAUUUAUUACAUUGUUUACAAAGGGAUUGGAACACAAAUUAUAAAAACUUAUAUUGCCCUCUCCCUUUAUUUGAAGUCUGUACAUUCAUAUUAUAAUUUAAGACAGUAUUUGUGAAUGUAUUGAUUAUUGCCAACUCUAUGAACGGUGACUUUCAAACUGUAUUAAAUCACCUUGAAUAUGAUGAACUAUAAGAAUUUCUGUUGCAAGAUGAAUCAAUUCAACUUUUUUUAUAUUCUUGACCCCUCAUCUUUGAUAGAAACAUUUUUUGUUACAUCAUUUGGUUAAUGUCUUGUGUCAUCCAUCGGUUCAUUUAGACUGAUACUAAUGAGAUAAUAGAGAUGAAGGGGUUAUAGGUUUUAUCAGGUCUUUCAUUGUACACUCCACAUGUGAAAAAUCCAUUGUAGAUGUAUUUUAAUUGGCAUAUCAUGUAGUUACCAUGUAGUAUGAUUUUAAUGUCCUUAAUGUUAUUGGAAUGAGAGAGAGAGAGAGAGAGAGAGAGAGUAUCUAUCAUAUCAAAAGUAUUUUAGCUGAACAAAUGUCAGGAAAAAAUAAUAAAAUUUACCAAAUAUUCUUCCAAAGUUGUAUGCAGAUAAGUUCAAGAUCAAUGUACAAAGGUUUGAUGUACAUGUAAUCAUUUGGUGUUGAUUGUUUUAGAAUAAUUUACAGUGUACAUGAAGCAAAAUAUGCACAUGUAGAUUGUAAAACUGUGCAUGUUAUGUCAGAUGCAAAGAAAAUGACAAGAACAAAAAUACAGAUCUAAAAUAUGAAAGAUUAAAAAGUAAUGAUGUAGCUUGUUUAGAUAAGAUUGCAUUCUAUUGGACUCGUUUAGAGUAGUAAACCAUUUCUUGUUAUUUCUGUAGGUGCAAUACCUUGAAUAAUGCGAUAUUCUUUCCUUAUUAUAUGGAUGUCAUUGAUUAAGCUGUCAAUGUGAUAAUAUACAUAUGUAUGUUGAAUCAAAGAUAGACAGUCAAGUCGUGGGAGACCAUCGUUUUCAACAUAAACGUGCGAGGACCACCAUGUCAGUUUCAAGCAAACUUGACAUACAAUUCACUUGCAUUCUAUCUCAUUUCUAUAUAAGAUGUGGGUUAUAUUACCAAGUCUGUUGUAGAGUUAGCAUGUUCUAUAGUACCUGGUUGUUACAAGUAAAAAUGUAAUGUUGGUUCUUGUGUAUUACAGUAUGUUGUAUAAAUAAUAUAUUGCUGUACAUAGCAAAGAAGGAGAGAAAAAUCUUUGGCACAAUCGGGUAUCAAACCCGGAAACCUGGGGCCCAUUUUACAAAACAACUUUCGACAAAGUGAAUGAUCUUACAAUAAACUGGAAAAUUCCAGUAUGUAAAAUUGGUCGUAAGUUCUUUUGUAAAACGCGCCCCUUGUAUUUCUAGUGAGGUGAUGGAUUUCGGAAAUCAUACAAGAACUCUCCCUAUCAAGGAGAUGAAAAAAAUAAUUUUAGAGAAAAUGUCAGAAACGUUGUGUAUGCCCUUCAACAGCUUCAUGCAACUCCCCCAACACUUUCUGUCCAUUCUGUAGCCUCUAUAGAGACUUCUAUUCUCAAAGGUAUAUCCGACAAAACAGUUAGCAAUGUUGCCCUAAUAACGGCACAAUAAUCCUGCUCCUGGGCUAGUCAGAUUCCAGGGGAGGGGGGAUAACCUUUGAUCUUGAUGGCAGUUACUAAUUACUAUUAUAUAUUGCUGAAUUGUUUUAUUGCCUGUUAUUUUGCUUGUGUCCUGAGCUUAACGCAACAUUUUGUAAUUCGAUCAUCAGAUUAUAAUAUUCUAGGAAUACGAUCACGUUAAUCUUGGAUUGUAUUUUAAAGAAAUUGUCUUGCAAUGUGCACUUCCGCUUUUGGCGCUAUUCCUUUUACUUCUAUGAGCUCUUGACAAAGUAUUUGCACAACCAGUGUUGGACGACUUUUCAUUUCUUCACCUUCGGAGAAAAAACAAAAAUGGGGUAUUGGAAACCGUGUUUGUAAUCAAUGUUGAUUUAUCAUUCUUCUGCCUUGGUGAAUUUCUCCUAAUAAGAAAUAUACAUGUAUGUUUUACUUCAAACACUUUUGUAGUGAUUUGAAUGUGAGGAAGUCGAAUCCUAAUUUUGAUUUAAUUUGUGUAAAAGAUGUUUCACGUGUUAAAGAUGGUCUCUGUCUUUGCCAAGGAGGCAAAUGAUUUUAUUAAUAAUCUGUUACUUGUAAGUUCUUUGUACAUAGUAUGAAGGUCAACAAGUUUUUAUUAAUUGCUGUAAAAAUAAUUUUUAAUUACCUUUUCAUAUAAAAUGUGUUCUUGUGUGUGUAUGUCAGAUUGUCUUGUAAAAUUGUUUUUACACAAUUCCUUUUUUUAAAUGGUCUUAGCUGUACGUGAAGAAAGUAUCUUGUAAUAGAACUGAAUUUCAUAUAAAAUACUUUUAACACUG